UGGGAGUCGUCCCAAAUGCUGGAAGGCAGGCGACAAGUUUAGGUCCCAAAAUAGCCAAUUGAAACGCAUUGGGCUUAUUUUGGCGAGAGUGAAACCCUAGCAUUGCCCUAACCACAAUAAUGAUUUUUGCAACAAUUCUGACUUCGUGGCUGUGCUAACUAGUGGAAACCAUUUGAAUCUUGUCAUAAAGGAAGUGAGCGUAGAAUGAAUACGGAAGCCGAUAGUAGUCAUUACAUAGAAAAAAGAAAAAAAUGGCAGCCGCUGAAAGCACUAGCUUGUCACCAAGUCAGGCAGAAGAACCGCCUAAACUAUCUGAUUUAUUAGAUCGGGGAUGGAAACUAUAUGAGGAGGUGGACACCACAAACGAUCCCAUCGCAGCUACCCAUAUCCAGGUUAAAAUCAAGCGUGGGAUAACGCAACUGGAAGAGGCAACGCGGAUGGUUGCCCAGCUCGACUUGUUCAGCCGAAAUGAAGAAUUGGAGGAGGUAGCAACAACAGAUCUGAAGUAUCUGAUGUUGCCAGUCCUCCUGGGGGCUCUUACUAUGAAGCAAGUGAACCUGCCAAAACGACUAGAGCAAGUUCAGAUAGCAAGAUGUUACUUUUUGGACUUCUUGAAAAGAUGUAAGGAGUAUAACAUAUCAAAGUUUGAACUACCCAAAACCAAUUUAAACUCUGCUGGCACACUGGAAGAAGAAUCUGCAAAUGGGCCCCCCAAACCUCCGGACUUGAUUGCAAUGGCGACAGUAAGAGCGGCAAAGAUAGAAAGAUACACCCAGAGGAAGAACACAGAGGCCAAGCUAUCAGAGAUCAAGGCAGCAGUGGACAGUGGGCAGGCAGAUGACGAGAUAGUUAGAGACUUCUACCUCCUCAACUUGAGGAAAUGGAUUGUUGUAUCCCUGGAGGAGAUUGAGAGCAUUGAUCAGGAAAUUGAGAUUUUGACCAGGAUGGAUGUUCUAAAACAGAGUUCAGCAGAGCCAUCACAAUCUAAAAGGCCUCCCAUGAAACCCUUCAUUCUCACCAAAGAUGCUGUUCAGGCCAGAGUGUUUGGGGCUGGCUAUCCCAGCCUGCCUACUAUGUCUGUGGAUGACUGGUAUGAGCAGCACAGGAAGAAAAAUGCCCUGCCGGACCAGGGGAUCCCUCGCAGCACUGAGGACGUUGAUGCAGAAGAACGAGAUCAAGAAGAGAAAGAGAAGCGGGUUGAAAAUGAUGACGAGGAGGCCUUGCAGAAAGCUAGAGACUGGGACAACUGGAAGGAUACACAUCAGAGAGGCUAUGGGAACCGUAAAAACAUGGGCUGACAACCAUCAAACACAGCAACAGUGCCAACCUGGUCUGCAGUAUUCAUCUGCUCUUAUUCCCUCUUAAAUACAUUUGAACAAGUUGCCAGUAUAUAUGGAAAGAUGGCCUUGAAGAAAAGGGAGGUUUAUACAAUCCCAGACAGAAACUGUUCAUAAGUGUCUGUUUAUGGUCUCUUUUUCUUCUGAUGCCGCAUAGCACAGUUUUCAUUGUGGCCAUAUCAGAGGAACAUUAUUUAGUGGCAGCCAUUAAUAUGAUCUGUAGGCUCUAUGCAAAUACACAACUAAGCAUUGACAACAAGGCCCAGUCUCUGUCGAGACAGCGCCGUGCUGUGCUUAAGAAGAUUAGUAAGUGAAUUUGAUGAUAUUGUCUAACAGCUGCUCCCAAACAGAGUAAUACAGAGUAUCCAGCGACACUUAAACUGUUGACUUGUGAAAUGCCCUAGGAAGGUGGUAGUAACACUCUACAGGUACAACAAAUUGAUUGAAUUUUGUCAUCCAUACUUCAUCUGAUUGGUUAUGUUAGCUCAUGUGCUUAUACCUAGAAGAUGUGCAUCACAAGAAACUCCAAUAUUGAAAGAUGUUUCCUCUGAUCAAUGUUCAUUGUGAAACUGAAUAAUAGUUUGCUAUGUAGGUAUGAUAUGUAGCUACCACUUUUCAUCUUGUUUUGCUUUUUGUUAAAGAACUGUUUGUGAAAGCCAAUUUGCUCUUCUCAAAAGUAUGGCUGACUCAUUUAAUUUAUUUUCCACCUCUUACAAAUGUACAGUUUGAACAGGCACUGGUUUUGACAGACUUGGUGGAUUCCUUUGUCAGAGUUGAUAACUCUUGGUCUAUUUUCUCCACAAUAGCAGGAAUUCUGUAUGGUCUCCACUGUAUGUAACAAAUUAUUUGAGUGUUUUGUACUUUUUCCCCAUUGUUUCUUAAAGAAGUUGCUAGUUCAUUGAAAAUAUGGAUACGGUCCAGAAUAAAUAUGAUACAGAAAGCUG